GCUACGCCCGUUCCGAAGGGGCCCGGCCGCCAUUGGGCAGCGGCGCUGUCAGUCGCGAGUAGCGGUGGCGGAGUGUGCGGGGGAAGAUGUCGGGCUGCGAGGCCCGGGACGCCAAGAAGCUGGUGCGCUCCCCCAGCGGGCUGCGCAUGGUGCCCGAGCACCGCUCCGCCCGCAGCCCCUUCGGCCUGGACGAGCCGCCCUGGGUGCCGGACAAGGAGUGCCCAAGAUGUAUGCAGUGUGAUACAAAAUUUGACUUCAUAACUAGAAAGCAUCACUGUCGAAGAUGUGGAAAGUGCUUCUGUGACAAGUGCUGCAGUAAAAAAGUGCCUCUGCCUCGCAUGUGCUUUGUGGACCCUGUGCGCCAGUGUGCUGAAUGUGCACUCAUCUCUCAGAAAGAAACAGAGUUUUAUGAUAAGCAGCUCAAAGUGCUCAUGAAUGGUGCUACGUUCUUUGUAACUCUGGGAACAUCUGAUAAAUCUGAGCUCAUGGUUUGUCGACUCUCCAACAAUCAGAGAUACCUGGUUUUGGAUGGAGACAACCACUAUGAAAUUGAAAUUAUACAGAUAUCAACUGUUCAGAUACUUACAGAGGGAUUUACUCCUGGAGAAAAAGAUAUUCACACUUACACCAGCCUUCUGGAGAGCCAGCAUAUUACUGAAGGAGGUAACAGUCGUGCCAUAGGUAUGAUUCUGCAGUACAAGGUACCAGGAUCAGAGGAGCUAACGCAGAUGAAGUUUACAGCCAGCGAAGACUUCAGCUGUAACAAGAAGCUGUCAGCAAGCUGGUUGGCAGCUAUGCAUAAGGCAACAAAACUUCUGUAUGAGUCCCGGGACCAGUAAGAACAGCAAAUUGUUGGCCACCUGAGGGAAAACACCAGCUCCAUGGACCUGCCUCUCCCUUUCUGAUGAUUUGACAGCUGGUAACAUUUGCUGUUCUUGACUUUUUCUCAUUCCAGUGUGGUUCAUUGUGUAAGAACUGGCAAAUGCAAUGUGAGUAUUUUUUUGAACCAUGAGUAUUCACUAUAGUGUGCAAUAUGUAUACAAUUAAUGCUUUAAACAGCCUCACCUUUUAAGACUUUGUAUAUUUUGUUAAGCCUUUCCUGGCACUUAAUAUGAAAGUGACCUGCACUACAGCUUAUGUACAGCACAACUUUUAUAAUAACAAUUAUAUAUAUACUGUUUGCUAAAAAAGCAAACAAAUGUGUAUGUCUCUUCUGCAGAGAAUAGCUUUUGGGCAUAGAUCUCAGGUUUUUCCCUCUAUCCAAAUGUUUAAAAUCAAUGUACAGUAAAAUCUGCCUUAGAUAUGAUUUUAUAGAAGCCACUUGAUUUUUUUUAAAACAUUUCAUUUUAAACAUCUGAAGAUUUCACCAAAUAUCACCAAAUUUGACUUAAUAUGAACAUGAUUUUGGAACUUCCUUCUGUGAUAAAUAAGCUUCCAGAAUAAUUCUUAGUUUUGUAUUUUCUUUUUGGUAACUAGCUUUUGUUAAUCUAACUGUAAUGCUAUUUGAAAUUGUAUACAACUUAAUGUACAAAAAUGAAUAAAUUAAUUCACUUAUUUAAA